AUGCAUGGUUCUUCAUUAGUUUUUCAUGCUUUGAAUGUUCAGGCAAUAAUAGCACUAAAGAAAGGGGCUUAUCUACUGAAGUAUGGUCGCAGAGGAAAGCCAAAGUUUUGUCCCUUUAGGCUAUCUACUGAUGAGAGUAUCCUGAUUUGGUAUUCUGAAAGAAAGGAAAAACAGCUUAAACUUGGCCAUGUUUCAAGAAUUAUACCUGGACAGCGUACUGCAAUAUUUCAACGAUACCCACGACCAGAUAAGGAAUACCAGUCAUUCUCUUUGAUUUACAGUGAUAGGUCUUUGGAUGUGAUAUGCAAAGACAAGGAUGAGGCCGAAGUAUGGUUUGUAGCUUUGAAGGCAUUGAUUUCACGUGGAAAUAUUCGGAAAUGGAGAGCAGAAUCCAUAAGAAGUGAAAGAACAUCUGAUGCAAAUAGCCCUACUACAAGUACACAAAAAAGUUCUCCAACAUUCAGUACCGACACUUUCCAUAAGGAUUCCAGAGAUCCCCAAAUUCCAUAUGAGGGCCACCCUGUUAGCAGUUUCGGGAAUUUAUUUUCUGAUGUGAUAUUAUAUACUGCACAAACCAAAAGUUCCUUUCAGCGAGAUUCAGCAAGCAAUUCUCUUCGCACAUUAUCUCUUGAAGCUGGGGAUAUCUCAAAUGGGCGUGGUUCUGCAGUUGAUGCUAUUAGACUCAGUUUCUCUAGUGCAUUAAGUUCUUCUAGUUAUGGAUCUGGAUACGAGGAGUUUGAUGCUCUAGGCGAUGUUUUCAUCUGGGGAGAAGGCAUAGGUGAUGGGGUUCUUGGAGGUGGUCAGCAUAAAGUUGGAAGUUUGUCUGUCGCUAAGAUUGAUGCCUCUUUACCUAAAGCACUGGAAUCGGCAAUGGUACUUGAUGUCCAGAAUAUAGCUUGCGGGAGUAAGCAUGCUGCAGUAGUAACCAAGCAGGGAGAGGUCUUUAGCUGGGGUGAAGAGUCAGGAGGUAGGCUUGGUCAUGGAGUAGAUGCUGAUGUCUCAAACCCAAAGCUCAUCGACACUCUGAGUGGAACUAAUAUCGAGUUUGUUUCAUGUGGGGAGUUUCAUACUUGUGCUGUAUCAUUAUCUGGGGAUCUGUACACAUGGGGUGAUGGUAUUCACAAUUCAGGUCUUCUGGGGCAUGGGACUCAUUCUAGUCAUUGGAUUCCUAAAAAGGUCAGUGGUCAACUAGAAGGUUUGCACGUCUCAUCAGUAUCGUGUGGACCAUGGCAUACAACUAUUGUGACAUCUGCAGGGCAAAUAUUUACAUUUGGUGAUGGAACAUUUGGCGCUUUAGGCCAUGGUGAUCGCACAAGUACAAACAUGCCAAGAGAAAUUGAAGCUCUGAAGGGCAUGCGUACAAUUCGCGCAGCUUGUGGUGUUUGGCACACUGCUGCAGUUGUGGAAAUUAAAGAUUCAUCUUCUGAUUCUGUCAGCUCGGGUAUAUUGUUUACUUGGGGAGAUGGAGAUAAAGGUCGACUUGGACAUGGUGACAAGGCACCAAGACUUUUGCCGGCAUGUGUAGUUUCUCUCUCUGAGCACAACUUUUGCCAGGUUGAAUGUGGGAAUGAUGUUACCAUUGUUCUUACAACUUCUGGACAAGUUUAUACUAUGGGGAGUAAUGUUUACGGGCAACUUGGGAAUCCUACCGCUGAUGGAAAGCUUCCCACUUGUAUUGAUGGAAAGCUACGUGAUAUUUUUGUUGAGGAGAUAACUUGCGGUUCUUAUCAUGCUGCACUUUUGACUUCUAAAACUGAAGUGUACACCUGGGGCAGGGGAGCAAAUGGCCGUUUAGGCCAUGGAGACAAUGAUAAUCGAAGUAUUCCAACAGUUGUUGAAGCUCUAAAAGAGAAGAAAGUUAAGAAUGUUGUAUGUGGUUCAACUUUUACUGCAGUGAUCUGCUUGCACAAGUGCGUUUCAAGUGCUGAUCAGUCCGUAUGCUCUGGCUGUCAUCUUCCGUUUGGUUUCAGAAGAAAGCGUCAUAAUUGUUAUAACUGUGGUCUUGUUUUUUGCAAAUCAUGCAGUAGUAGGAAGUCUGUGAAAGCUUCUUUAGCGCCAAGUAUGAGCAAGCCAUAUCGGGUAUGUGAUGGAUGCUAUACCAAACUAAAGAAAGCCACAGGGGAUGGAGUGUUUUCUCGAAAACUGAAGCUUCAAACUGGCAAUCUAAGUCAAAUAUCCAAUGAACCGGCUGAGAAAUGUAGCUUUGUUCCUAAACUACAGGGGCAAUUGUCUAGGCUUUCUUCGGUUGAUUCCUUUAAAGGUGAAAGCAAAUAUUCCAGACAGCAUGUGAUUGAGCUAAAUAAUGGCCAACUUUUGCCUAAUCUUAGGGAAAAUUAUUUGCAAAGUAGUCAGCAAGAUAGCUCUUUAAAUCUCUCAGGAUCUUCAAAGAAAAUGUUUUCUGUCAAUGUGCCUAGUUCGAGAGCGCCUUCCCCCCCAACGUCUCCUCUUCCAAGUAGGCCAGAUCCAUCUUAUCCAAUAACCACACAGACCAUAACUAAUCUUACAUCCCCUGCAAUGAUUGAUGCUCGAAAGACGACAGAUGACAAUCUGAGCCAAGAGGUUGUUAGAUUGCAGUUGAAGGUGGAAGAGCUAACUCACAAGUGUCAGCUCCUAGAAGCAGAGUUGGAAACAACGUCAAGGCGAUUGAGGGAGGCCACAGCAAUGGCAGGAGAGGAAACUGCAAAAUGCAAUGCUGCAACGGAAGUAAUCAAGUCCCUCACAGAACAAUUGAAGGAUGUGUCUGAGAAAGAACCUGAAGGAUGGACAAUGAAUAAAGGUCAUGGAUGUGGUGCUUCACAUUCUUCCAGUUCAUUGAAAUUGCCUUCCAAUGAGAGCAGCAUGGCUGCUUCUUUGGCUCCACAGUCCAAUGGCAACUCAAGUAAUCUAUUGCCCUGCAACGGAGCUGCCUUAUCAAAAGAAGAGGCAGAGUGGGUUGAGCAAGUUGAGCAAGGAGUUUACAUAACAGUUUCCUCGUUCCCUGGAGGUGGCAAGCAUCUCAAGAGAGUGCGUUUUAGUCGGAAAAGAUUCAGUGAGCAGAAAGCAGAGCAGUGGUGGGCAGAAAAUAGAUCAAAGCUUCAGGAAAAAUACAGCAUCCUAAGCAGAGAAACUUCUUUCAGUAGAUCACCCUCUACAUCUUGAAGAAAAUGAUAUAUUGAUUGAUUACCUUCAGUAGGUUGAUGUAUAUUCUUUUGCCACCGGGCUAAAUGUACAUUCUCUGUCUGUACCGGUGCCAUAGCUAGCCCAACUUCUUGAUUCAUGGAAUGCAGUAGCAGAAACUGAGCAUAUGAAGGAAAUUAGGAGCUAUGAAGAUUCCUGCUACUUGUGUUCUCGCCCUCAAAAUUUACCCCCACUGGAGAAUAUCAUAGGGUUUUUUAAGGCUCAUGUAAGGUUCAGUGAGGGUUCAGUAUAGCAUUUGCCCUCCUUUUUUUCUAAUUUUUCCCGUCAUGUGGGAUAACGGCUAAGCCAAAAUUUUCAUAGAAAAUAGUUAUCCAGUUAUGUCUGGGCUUCUGCUUUCUACACACAAUGCGAGGCGUUUUAAACCAGGUAUCAUCAUCCCACUGUUUUCCACUGUUCGGCCACUACAAGUGCAAUUGUACAGCAUUCUCUAUGUAGAGGCUCUCUAGCAUGAAAUCCACUUGAAAUUGCUUUUAUUAGUACCGCUUUUGUCUUCCAGCAUCCGCAUGAACUUGGAGUUCUUCACGUUGUCAUUCCCUUGGAGAUUGUUUGGUUUA